AACAUCUAAUUUUUACUUAGCAAAUUUUUGUUUAGUAAACAAAGACGCAUGUGGAUUGAAUAAUAUGCAAUGGAUUGUAUCUCAAAGAUCACUAAAGAAUUAAAUAUUCAAUUGAAUUUUAAACUUUAAUGAAUUUUCCACCUAUUUAGAAUAUAAACUCAGAAAAUCUUAAGAAAUGAAUCAAGAAAAUCAUCGCCGAUCUCACUUAACUAAAGAACAACGUUUACCUCAAAGCUAUAAAGAAGUUGAAAAAAUUUUAAAUAUCGUUAAAAGAUGCGAAGCUAAUGUUAAAACCGUGCUUAAUAAUUCAAAGUUACGUGGCGCAGUGCUUCAUAAGGUAUCAGGUUUAACAUUCAAUGUACUAAAACAAAGACGUCUAUUAGAUUCAAUAAUUGAAAAAACACAAGUCUUGGAAAAAGAACCAAAUUUGAGAAAGGAAUUGGCUGGCAUAUUAAUUCAUGAGCUGAUUUUUGGGAAUGGUUUACCUGGAAAAAGUAAACCAGUGGAAACUGUACUUAGAUAUCAAGUUGAAAUUGAAAAAGCAUACAAUGAGUUAAAGUCUGAUAAUAGUCUGUUCGAUAAUAGUCUAACAUAUAUUCCAAAGUACGUAAGAGUGAAUACAUUAGCAAUAGCAUUACCUGAAGUUUUAGAAGAUCUUGAAUGUUUAGGUGUGAAACAAAUAGUUUUUGAUGCCAACAUUUCUGAAGAAGAGUUUUACAAAUUAAUCAAAAAUUUGGAAAAGAAUACUUUUCUACUUGAUUACCAUUUUAAGGAUCUCCUAGUAUUUAAUAGUGAGGAAAACUUAACAACUUGGUCAUUAUAUCAGAAAGGACAUGUAUUUAUUCAAGAUAAGUCUAGCUAUAUACCUGCUUAUGUCUUGGCUCCUCCUCCUGGUGCUACUGUUAUAGAUGCUUGUGCUGCUCCUGGAAUGAAGACAUUGCAUUUAACUGCUUUAAUGGAGAAUAAUGGUGUGAUUUAUGCAUGUGAAAGAGACCAACAACGCUUUGAAAUUUUAAACAAAAUGUUAAAAUCAGGUCAUGCAAAUAUAUGUCAAACAUUUUGUGGUGAUUUUAACUCAGUCGAUCCUAGAGAUGAAAAAUAUUCUUCAGUUGAAUACAUUCUUCUUGAUCCAUCUUGCUCUGGAUCCGGUAUGGUUAAUCGUAUGGACUACAUCACUGAUACCAAAGAGUCUAAAAAUGAUUUGCGUAUUCAAAAGUUGGCUGGGUUUCAGAUCAUUUUGUUGAAGCAUGCUCUACUUUUUCCUUCUGUCAAGAGAGUUGUAUAUUCUACUUGUUCAAUAACUGAAACAGAAAAUGAGUUUGUUAUUCACGAAGUUUUAAAUCAUUUCAGCCAUAGAUUUAAACUUAGCCCUGUACUUCCUGAUUGGUCAAUAAGGGGUUCAAACAACUUUGAGUUUGGGUCUCAUUGUUUAAGAGCGUAUCCAGACAAAUGUUUCACCAAUGGAUUUUUUGUAGCCAUGUUUGAGAGGUUAGAAGAACAUAGGGAACAAUAUCCUUUUGAGAAAAAGCAACACAAACAUGAAAAGAAAAAACUAUUUAAUGAUUCAAAUUUAACAAGUAAAAAUCAAAUUGUAGGUGAGGAAAGAACGGAAGGCACUACAUUGGAUCCUUUAACAGAAGCAGCUCCAGAAAUAAAAAUAUUUCACCUGGAAAAAAAACACAAACAGCAACAUGAAAAAGACUCAAAUAGUAGGUUCUCUGAAGCACAGAUAGAAAUAUCUAAUGUUAAUAAUGAUAUUUUUACGGAAACUGUGCAAAACGUUGAGUCUUCAAACAAAAAGAAGAAAAAACACGAAAGCAAAAAUGGAAAAGAAGACUCCAAUAGUAGCUUCCAUAAAACACAAAAUCUGGAGGCAGUGAUAGAAGUAUCUAAUGUUGAUAAUGAUAUUUUUACAGAAACUGUACAAAACGUUGAGUCUUCAAACAAAAAGAAGAAAAAACACAAAAGCAAAAAUGGAAUAGAAGACUCCAAUAGUAGCUUCCAUGUAGCACAAAAUCUGGAAGCAGUGACAGAAAUAUCUAACAUUGAUAAUGAUAUUUUUAUAGAAACUGUGCAAAACGUUGAGUCUUCAAACAAAAAGAAGAAAAAACACAAAAGCAAAAAAGGAAAAGAUGACUCUAAUAGUAGCUUUCAUGAAACACAAAAUCUGGAAGCAGUGAUAGAAAUAUCUAAUGUUGAUAAUGAAAUUUUUGCAGAAACUGUGCAAAAUGUUGAGUCUUCAAACAAAAAGAAGAAAAAACACAAAAGCAAAAAUGGAAAAGAUGACUCCAAUAAUAACUUCCAUGAAACACAAAAUCUAGAAAUAUCUAAUGUUGAUAAUGAUAUUUUUAUAGAAACUGUGCAAAACAUUGAGUCUUCAAGCAAAAUGAAGAAAACACACAAAAGCAAACAUAAAAAAGAAGACUCCAAUAAUAGCUUCUGCGAAAUACAAAAUCCCGAAGCACAGACAGAAAUAUCCAAUGUUGAUAACAAUAUUUUUACUGAAACUGUGCAAAAGGUUGAGUCUUCACAUGAAAAGAAGAAAAAACACAAAAACAAAUAUGAAAAAGAAGACUUCAAUAAUAGCUUCUGUGAAACACAAAAUCCAGUAACACUGAUAGAAAUAUCUGAUGUUGGUAGUGAUAUUUUUGUAGAAACUGUGCAAAAAGUGGAAUUUUCACACAAAAAGAAGAAAAAACACAAAAGAAAACAUGAAAUAGAAGAAUGCAAUAAUAGUUUCUAUCAAACACUAACUCCAGAAGUACCAAAACAAAAUUUGAAUGUUGAGAAGGAUACUAUAACAGAAACUGUGCAAAAAGUGGAAACAUCGCACAAAAAGAAAAAACAUAAAAGAAAACAUGAGGCAGAAACUAGUAAUCUAAUCUUUGAAAGAUAAAUUCCACAACAAACUAUAAAAAUAAAAAUUAUUAAUGAUCAA